UUUGUUUUGAUUUGAGGUAAGAAUAAUUAAGUAUCACACUUGUUCGAUGGAUCAGUGAUAAUUAGAUUAUGUUUGUAAUCAAUGGAGUACGUGGUCCUUAAAUAAAUUACAUCACAACGUAAUCUUACGGAAUAAGAUCAAGAUUGACAAAGAUUUGAAGAUAAGCAACAACAAGGAAAAUCCAGAUAAAGAAGUCGAGACGGAAACUCGAAAUUAUGUAGAAACUACAGAGAAAUGUCACGACUUAACCUUAUUUGGGUCAUCACGCUGACCGUCACGCCGCGCCGUAGCUGGUCGCGGCGCUUUCUAGAACUACUCGGCACGCUGAACGGUGAUUGGCCGAGCCGGGCGGCCAUCGCAGCGCCGCGGAUGCGCGCGACUACGGCGGACCGCGUUUAAUUUCUGACGUAUUUAUCGGCUGCGUGGGAACCGCGGAGAAAAAUUGAGGGAAAAGGAUGAUGGGUCGCACGGCGGGAUGCGUGCGACAGGCGCGUCGGCCGCGUACGGCGAUACCGUCCGCGUUUCUCCAGCGAGGGUUCUCCGCAUUCGGGGAAACGCGGCGCGCGAUCGCGAGCCGUGAGGAGCGGCGGCGCGGCCUCCCGUCGCGGCGCCCCGCGGAUUUUUCCUGGACCCGCGCGCGAGAUUUUAUUCUGCGCAUGGAAAGCAAUUUUGCCCAAUCAUAAAUAGGGCUAUUGUGGGGGGAUGGUUGUAUGCCCGUGGCGCAUUUCAUACAUCCGAGUGUAAUGGUAACCAGAUAGAAAGGCGCCGCGCGCGGGGACCAUCGGCCGGCGUUAACACCCGCGUGGGAGGCGAUGUUGAGCCGCUACGAGCGUGAACUUUCAUCAUUCGAUCGGUAAGGUGGAGAUCGGCCCGGCUUUGCGGCGACGAGAGGGAGCACUAACGGGGGAUGAUUCCAGCGUAAUGACGAUCGGCCCGAAUUGUUGCGAUGGAAUAUGGGAUCUGGAGUCUUCACGUCGCGGGUGAACUUUGGGGUGACCCGCGUCUCGCCCGAAGGCAUCCGAUUCUGCCUUCCGGCGCGACGCAGAUCCUGCCAAGGGCCGCGUUCGCCCUGAGCGCACUGCACCGGCCCGACAUGCUGCCACUGCCGUUAACGGCGGCGGGGCCACCUUACGUCCCGAUGGAACUGGUCACGAAACCAGCCUCGGUCGCGUCCACCAAUGCCGAAGACGCUGAGGAUGGGGAGAAGAGCACGAACGGCGAAGAUGAAGAUCCUCAGCGCGACGACAACGAAGGUAACAUCGAAAAGGCUGAUCAAAACGAAAAUCAGACUUGUGUGCCAAACGAAAAUAAUGACAACGAAGAUGUCGGUGACGAGAGCGAUACUGGUAGCACGAACAGUUCACAUCAAUCGGCAAACAACAAUCUAUCAAUCGCAAAGCUUCCCGAUCCGAUGUCAUGCCUGGCCCUCGACAAGUCGGAAGGAACGGUGACACCUGUUUUGAACGGUUGGGUACUGGGUGCUUACACAGCGAUGCUGGGUAGACUAUCUGCCGCUACUGCGGCUUUAGAAGCAACGGAAGUUCCCAAUAUUCCUUCCGACAGUGAUUCCGAGAGCGAGCACUCAUCCUACACUGAAAAAUCGAGAGGCAGCAGUCCGAACAUAAACAGCGUUCAUCAUGGCUACUCGUGCGGCUCCUGCGACGUAGUGGCACCUACGAGACCGGCCCUAAGGAAACACAUAGCUGAUUGCCAUCCCGCUCUGUCUGGUACGGAGACCGGGGAAACCAAGAGGUGUCCGAACAUAGGUUGUGACUUCACGUCGACUAGUAGGUGCGAGAUGGAAACCCACGUAGCGGCACAUGUAGCUCAAGGAAUGACGCCUACGGGGAAGAAACGUUCGUUGGCCUUGCAACGCGUCAGGUAUAGGUACGAGAGGGAGGAAUAUCGGUGCUCACUGUGCUCGUACGCAUGCACGAUCGAGAAGGCAUUUCAAAGACAUUUACGAGCGCACGCGAGAGGCUCCGCGCCGGAGACUAGGGUGAGCUGCGCCGUCUGUGGUGCCGACCGAUCAUCCGAGGUAGAUCUCAGCAGACAUAUGCGAAGGCAUCGCGAUGAUCGAUAUUUCUGCUGCGAUAUUUGCAUCUUUCGCACGGUGCAAUUGAAGAAGCUGAUACAGCAUCGUCGCAUGCACACGGGUGAAAAGCCACAUUUGUGCCCGCACUGCGCCUAUCGCAGCGCACGUCGUGACAAUCUACGCAGCCACGUACGACGAGUACACAAAAAGGAGAACCUCUAUUGCGACACCUUCAGUCCACGCGGCAUGCUGAUAACUCCCUCGCUGUUGGCCUCCUCGAGGGACAAUACUGACGUCGAUCUGGUGCAGAGCCCGGCAUCCUCGCCGUCUUCAAAUCCGGACGCGACCAACUAGCGAAAACGCUCUUGAUAAACAAAGAAAAGGAGCAACGGCCCUGAGAGACCUGCGGAAACAGAAAUCUGGGACUCGCCUGUCCUUUAUACGUCCUCGUUUUGUCAAUACUGCGAUCUAGAUAUAUUAGAAUUUACAGGGAGACUUGUACACAAGUGCUGAACUUGGCAGACAAACGAAGGAGAAUUGCAAUCAAGUGAAAAUUAAAUCUAAUUUUAAGAAAAAUUGAGAAUUAUUCAUAAUUUCAUGAAAAAAGCAAUU